UUUGAUUUUAUAUUCGUAGCAAAUGGCGGACGACGCCGGUGGUAGAGGAGGCUUCCGCGGUGGCUUCGGCUCUGGUGGCCGUGGGCGGGGCCGAGGCCGUGGGCGGGGACGUGGCAGGGGUCGUGGUGCUCGUGGUGGAAAGGCUGAAGAUAAGGAGUGGGUGCCUGUAACUAAACUUGGCCGUUUGGUAAAAGAUAUGAAAAUCAAAAGUCUGGAAGAAAUUUAUCUCUUCUCCCUUCCUAUCAAGGAAUCUGAAAUAAUUGACUUCUUCCUGGGAUCAGCCUUGAAGGACGAGGUUCUCAAGAUCAUGCCCGUACAAAAGCAAACCCGUGCUGGUCAACGCACAAGAUUUAAGGCUUUUGUUGCAAUUGGUGACUAUAAUGGACAUGUUGGAUUGGGCGUCAAAUGCUCGAAGGAAGUAGCCACUGCAAUUCGUGGAGCUAUCAUUCUGGCCAAGCUGUCAAUCAUUCCUGUAAGGAGGGGUUACUGGGGUAACAAAAUUGGAAAACCCCACACUGUACCAUGCAAGGUGACUGGGCGUUGUGGUUCAGUCUUGGUGCGUCUGAUCCCUGCUCCACGUGGUACUGGUAUUGUCUCAGCUCCAGUCCCCAAGAAACUACUACAGAUGGCUGGUAUUGACGAUUGCUACACCUCUGCCAGAGGCUGCACGGCCACACUGGGCAACUUUGCUAAAGCAACAUUUGAUGCCAUCUCAAAGACCUACAGCUAUCUGACCCCGGAUCUGUGGAAGGAGACUGUGUUUACCAAGGCCCCAUACCAGGAAUUCACUGAUCAUCUGGCCAAAACCCACACCCGUGUGUCUGUUCAAAGGUCCCAGUCAGCUGUUGCUCCAGCAACAUAAAGCAUUUAUGCAAAGAAUGAAAUAAAAAUCUGUUGCAUAA